AUGAUCAGCAGAAUCUUCAACGACGUCUUAGCAGUGAGCAUACCGAAAGAUGCCGCGCAGCAGGAAGUGAAGUCAGAGGAGACCAAAAAGGAGCUGCUCUGCAGGCAAAAGCAACACAGGAAAGUGUUGGAUAAAGGCAAGCCUGAUGACGUGAUGCCUUCUGUCAAAGGUGUGCAGGAGCGCCUGCCAACUGUUCCUUUGUCGGGUAUGUACAACAAGUCAGGCGGGAAGGUGCGGCUCACUUUCAAACUCGAACAAGAUCAGCUCUGGAUUGGCACUAAAGAGAGAACAGAAAAAUUGCCCAUGGGGUCCAUCAAGAACGUGGCCUUUCAGCUGGGUCCUACCGAAGCCUCUUACUACUGGGUGUACUGGGUCCCCAUUCAAUACGUCGAUGCCAUCAAGGACACUGUGCUGGGGAAGUGGCAGUAUUUUUGAAGGCACGUUCACCUCUGGCACUGGAGACUGGCACGGAGCGAAGGAC